AGUAAUGACCAUCCGAGUUGCAUAAUUUCUCAUUCAACCACGUGCUGAUUCAUGUUUCUUCAGUAACUUUUUUUAUUGCAUUUUUGUCGUUUUUAAAUCGUUGAAAAACGUUCUCUUGUUUACAGUCUGUUUUUAUUUUUCGAAACUGUUGGACGUGUAACUUUGUAGGUACCUAUUUGUUUUGCUUGUGAGAUAUUUUGCUGCACUAUGGCGUCUCGUUUGGCCUUUUUGUUCUUAGCGUUAUUUGCUGUGACUGGUUACGUUUCUGCUUACCCACGAAUCGUUCGUGCUGCUGCUAAUCAACCUGCUAAAGCUGCUGUUAAUGUAGAAUCCGUCAGCGUCAGUUCUAGGGAUGCAGGUGCUCAAAUUAUACAAUACAGCAAUCAGUUCAAUCCCGAAGAUAAUAGCUUCGUUUUCCAGUAUGAGACAGAUAAUGGUAUAAAAGCUCAAGGAUUCGCUAAAGAUAACGAAGUAUCCGUUCAAGGAUCCUAUUUCUUGGUUAUGCCAGAUGGUAGUCAGGUUCCUGUUCAUUAUAUAGCUGAUUCAGAAAAUGGUUUCCAAGUUGAUAGUCCUGCUAUUCCUACACCACAUCCUGUUAUUGCGAAAGUGGCCGAAUAUUUGAGAACUUUACCUCCUCAGAAAGAAGAUGUAGAAGAGAAGCAAAAUGCUUCCGCUGACAUUUAAUCAAAUUUACUUUAAUUUACCUAGGUACAUAGUUAUUUUAUUUGUUACUGCGUUGAAAAAAAUAACUGUAACUUUACCUACACAUAGAUACCUAUGUACUUACAUAUAUUCAAUGUUGGAAUAUUGGUAGGUACCUACUACCUACAUUUAUAUUGUUUGUUUUACAUUGAUGUCGUUGUUAAAUUGGUUUAUCAAACUGCAUCGAAAAGUAGAGCACGCUUUGAAAAUUGGUUAUUAUUUUAUUUAUAAAAAUUUCUUCGAGUGUGCAAUUUGAUUAAUUUUAGUGACUUUUACAUUUUGAGUCAAUUUUUGAAUAAAUGUCAAAAUCAACAAA